GAACACGCAACUGACUGCCUAUAUUUUCUCCGGGCGCAAACUGACGAGCGUUGCUGCAGUUCCUUCAUACAACCUUGGGCCUCGACGAGCGCAUCUCUCCUCUCGCAACGCCAGCAAAAGCUCGCUUGACGUCGCAGGUAUUCACUGUCGUGCCAACAAUGACCGCCCAUCUCGACGAAAGCGGUCCAUCACCAGGCCAGCACAUCGAGCUGGUCGACGACAAUCCCUCUUCCCGACACGAUGGCGAAACCAGCCCUGGGUUAAGGAACAGCAAAGGCUGGGAUGGGAAGCUUCGCGUUCCCAAGAGCGCGCUCUUGGCAAACCCAGAGGCGCUGUCGGACCCAGAGUACUCGGACGAAGACAACGUCAUACCCGGCGAGGAGGUCGCUGCAGAUGAAGACCUGCUUGACGGCGAAGACCCGGACACGGACGAGAUCAUCUGCACACACUCCCGGAUCCAGUCGAUCCCCGCCCUUCGCCUAGAACGCUUCAAAAAGGUAGCCCGCAUCUGCCUGCGGCAGAACCUCAUCCAAGACAUUGAAGGAUUCUCCUGCCUCGCCUCCACUCUUCACGAUCUCGAUCUCUACGACAACCUCAUCUCCCAUGUCCGCGGCUUGGACGACCUCGUCAAUCUCAGGUCCCUCGACCUCUCCUUCAACAAGAUCAAGCACAUCAAGCACAUCUCUCAUUUGACCAACCUCACGGACCUCUACCUCGUCGCCAACAAGAUCUCCAAGAUCGAGGGCCUCUCAGGCCUAACCAAGCUGCGCAACCUCGAGCUGGGCUCCAACCGCAUCCGCGAGCUUCAAAAUCUCGACUGCCUCACCGCUCUCGAAGAGCUCUGGGUCGCCAAGAACAAGAUCACCUCCCUCGCCGGCUUGGCGGGCCUUCCGCGCCUGCGCCUCCUGUCCAUCCAGUCCAACCGGAUCCGCGACCUCUCCCCGCUCAAAGACGUGCCGCAGCUCGAAGAGCUGUACAUCUCGCACAACGCGCUCGAGACGCUCGAAGGGCUGGAGCACAACACGCGGCUGCGGGUGCUCGAGGUGUCCAACAACAAGAUCGCCUCGCUCAAGGGGCUGGGCCCGCUGGCCGAGCUGGAGGAGCUGUGGGCCAGCUACAACCUGAUCGCCGACUUCGGCGAGCUGGAGCGCGAGCUGCGCGACAAGACCGCCCUGACCACCGUCUAUCUCGAGGGCAACCUGCUGCAACUGCGGGCGCCGGCGCUGUACAGGAACAAGGUGCGCCUGGCGCUGCCGCAGGUGCAGCAGAUCGAUGCGACGAUGGUGCGUGCGGGCUAGGAGUCUAUCAUCUCUAGGUACACAAGAUAUCGCGGCACUGGAGGCAUUCUGCUUUUUUUUUUUUUUUUUCUUGCCGGCCGAGGAAUUUUGUUCUUUUUCUGGGCAGGGGUUUUGUGGCGAACUCGACCCAUACGACAGAGUAUGGUGUUUAUCUGGAGGG